CUCUCUGUGUCGUAUAUGAGAGAGAGAGAGAGAGAUAAUUGUAUGCGUGUGUAUAUAUAUACAGCGCGCAGAUGGUGUGUGUAGAAGGGGAAGGGGACGCCAUUUGAAGCAAAUUUGUUGCCUUUAUUCUAAGUUGUCACUCACAUUUACAUUUACAGAUAGAAGACCAAACACAUCAAAACACCAGAGAGAGAGAGAGAGAAUGGAGAGAGAGAGUGAAGUGAAAACAUCAAAGUUUAAUACGAUUUGUGUGUUCUGUGGCAGCAGCCAAGGCAACAAAGUCAGCUAUCGAGAAGCAGCUAUUGAACUCGGCAACGUUUUGGUCUCAAGGAACAUUGAUUUAGUGUAUGGAGGAGGUAGCAUAGGCCUAAUGGGGUUGGUUUCUCAAGCUGUCCAUGACGGCGGCCGCCACGUCACCGGAGUGAUUCCCAAGACGCUCAUGCCUCGAGAGUUAACUGGACAAACAGUAGGGAAAGUGAAGGCAGUUGCAGAUAUGCAUCAAAGGAAAGCAGAAAUGGCUAAGCAUUCUGAUGCUUUUAUUGCCUUACCAGGUGGUUAUGGAACUCUAGAGGAACUGCUUGAAGUCAUAACAUGGGCUCAGCUCGGCAUCCAUGAUAAGCCGGUAGGUUUGCUGAAUGUGGAUGGAUACUACAACUCGUUGCUCUCGUUCAUCGACAAAGCAGUCGAGGAAGGCUUUAUCAGCCCCAAUGCUCGCCACAUCAUCGUGUCCGCACCAACAGCCAAAGAGCUUGUCAAGAAACUAGAGGAGUACGUGCCGCGCCACGAAAGAGUGGCUUCAAAACUGAACUGGGAGAUGGAGCAGCAGCUUGGCUACUCCCAAAAUUGUGAUAUUUCCAGAUGACUUCUUCUCACUAUAUACAGAUUUUCAUUACAUCUUGGGAUUAUUAGGGCAUGGAAGAAGCUAACAUGGGAGUUUUUUAACAAUAUUUUUUUGUUUAAGGGUAUUUUUGUAAAUUUGUAUGGGAUUUACUUACAAACUUUAUGUUAGUUGUUAUUAUCUGCCUAUUUUCCACUGCAAAUGGAAAUGAUGACAAUGUGUAAUACUCCCCAUCUAAUGUUACCUUACUAUAUUCUACUCUCA